UAUGAUUCAAUUUGGGCUCAUCUGCUCUGAAGGGGGCUGGGCUAUCACACCGCUAGCAUUAGCUCUCAGUGACACGUGGGAUUUUCUGACUCAUUCUGAAAUUGUCCUGUUAUCCAAUCAAAUCGCAGCAAAGCGUGCAGAGAAAGGAUUUAGAAAGCAGAGGCUCCACCUCUAAAGGAAAACCGGACCGCACCUAAAAACCCUGAGGCAGAGCUGGACCGCACCUGGUGCUGAUCCGGUUUGCUUUGGAUUACAGGAAAUGUCUCUCUAUUUGGCUCCUGUUGGUUCUGUUUAUCUCCCGGUGGUUCUGUUUGGCUCCUGUUGGUUCCGGUUAUCUCUCGGGGGUUCCAUUUGGUUCCUGGUGGCUCCAUUUUGCUCCUGUCAGUUCAGUUUGGCUCCUGUCGGUUCUGUAUGGCUCCAGGUGGUUCCGUUUGGUUCCUGGUGGUUCUGUUUGGUUCCUGUGGUUCUGUUUGGCAUCUUGUGGUUCCGUUUGGCUCCUGGUGGUUCCGUAUGGUUCUGUUUGGUUCCUGGUGGUUCUGUUUGGCUCCAGGUGGCUCAGUUUGGUUUCUAUGGUUCCGUUUGUCUCCAGGUGGUUCUGUUUUUUUUUUUCCAGGUGGCUCAGUUUGGUUUCUAUGGUUCCGUUUGGUUCUUGGUGGUUCCGUUUGGCUCCUGCUGGCUCAGUUUGGCUCAAGAUGGCUCCGUUUAGCUCCUGUCGGAUCCGAUUGGCUAUUGUCGGUUCAGUUUGGCUUCAGGUGGCUCUGUUUGGCUCCAGGUGGCUCGGUUUAGCUCCAGGUGGUUCCGUUUGGCUCCUGUCGGUUCUUUUUGGCUCCAGGCGGCUCUAGGUUGUUUCGUUUGGCUUGAGGUGGUUCCAUUUGGUUCCUGUGGUUCCGUUUGGCUCCUGUCGGUUCCGUAUGGCUCCAGGUGGUUCCGGGUGGCUCCGUUUGGUUCCUGUGGAUCUUGGUGGUUCUUUUGGCAUCUCGUGGUUCCGUCGGGUUCUUGAUGGUUCCGUUUGGUUCCUGGUGGUUCCGUUUGGCUCCUGGUGGUUCAUUUUGGCUCCUGGUGGUUCCGUUUGGUUUCUGGUAGCUCCGUUUGGUUCCUGGUGGUUCCGGUCUGCUCCAGGUGGUUCUGUUCUGCCCCAGGCGGUUCCGUUUUGCUUCAGCUGGCUCCAGGUGGCUUCGUUUAGCUUCAGGUGGUUUUGUUUGGCUCCUGUCGGUUCCGUUUGGCUCCAGGUGGUUCUAGGUUGUUUCGUUUGGCUUGAGGUGGCUCCGUUUGGCUUGAGGUGGCUCCAUUUGGUUCCUGUGGCUCAGUUUGGCUCCAGGUGGUUCCGUUUGACUCCGGGUGGCUCCGUUUGGUUCCUGUGGAUCCUGGUGGUUCUUUUGGCAUCUUGUGGUUCCGUUUGGUUCUUGAUGGUUCCGUUUGGUUCCUGGUGGUUCCGUUUGGCUCCUGAUGGUUCCUUUUGGCUCCUGGUGGUUCCGUUUGGUUCCAGGUGGCUCCGUUUAGCUCCAGGUGGUUUCGUUUGGCUCCUGUCGGUUCCGUUUGGCUCCAGGUGGUUCUAGGUUGUUUCGUUUGGCUUGAGGUGGCUCCGUUUGGCUUGAGGUGGCUACAUUGGUUCCUGUGGCUCAGUUUGGCUCCAGGUGGUUCCGUUUGGCUCCUGUGGUUCUGUUUGGCUCCUGUCGGUUCCAAUUGGCUCCAGGUGGUUCCGUUUGACUCCGGGUGGCUCCGUUUGGUUCCUGUGGAUCCUGGUGGUUCUUUUGGCAUCUUGUGGUUCCGUUUGGUUCUUGAUGGUUCCAUUUGGUUCCUGGUGGUUCCGUUUGGCUUGUGGUGGUUCCUGGUAGACCUCUGACACUGCAAUGUUGGCGCUGGACAUGUUCUGCCUACAGGGCCUGUUUCCAGGUAGAAGGAGUUAAAGCUCCAACUGUGACCUC